UUUGAGGAGGCAGAGAGAGGAAAUCCCUUCUUUGCUUUUGCUUUCAAUGUUGUAAGCAAGCUUUUAUGUUCAGGUUAGAAGGACUGGGUUGGCUCCCGGCCUUCUUCUCUCCUUUUCCUCAGAGAAAUUAAGCCAGUGUCCUCUGGCAACCACAACUGUUGACAUAAUGAAGGCCUGGAUUGAACCUCUUGUUGCUGGCGCUCAGCUUGCCAGUGCUUUCUACGACACAGGACUGUUGCUGGUGGUGAAGAACUACUACAACCAGACCAAUUCUUCUUCAGCGCAUUCCAGCGAGGAGACUCAGCAAAAAGCCAUCUCUGACUUUUACAUCAUCUACUAUCUUGUUGAUGGGUUAACCCCACUGUUAUCAGCUUAUGGCUUGGCCAGGUUGGGUGACCGGGUAAAUCGGAAGAUCAGCAUUUGCGUGCCUUUGUCUGGCUACUUGCUCUCCCGUUGCCUUCUACUCCUUUUGGUCUUGUUGGCUUGGCCAAUUGAGGUGAUGUACGGGGCUGCUGUCUUGCACGGCUUGACUGGAGGAUUCACCACGUAUUGGGCCAGCAUCAUGGCCCUGGUCUCCCAGGGCUCAUCGGAGAGCAGAAGAUCCCUGCGUCUCAUCCACAUUGAGCUCAUCUAUGGCAUUGCUGGUUUUGUGGGAAGCAUUGCUUCGGGACACCUCUUUGUUACUUUCCAUCUCGGUUAUCAGCAUGGUAUAGUGCUGAUUUCUUGUAGUGUUGCCUUAUAUGCCUUGUGUGUCAUUUACAGUCUGUUUGUCCUCCAAGUCCCCAAGCCUGGAGUUUGCGACCCAGCCACUUCCACCCAUGUGGUCCAACCUGACAGCAAUUUGGCUAAUGAGGAGACUUUACUGUUCUGUAGUUCUGAGAGUUCCUCCCAUCUGGGACCUGCCAAGUCCAUUAUUGUCCUGCUCUUUGUGGGGGCCAUCCUAUAUGACUUGGCCGUGGUUGGAUCAAUGAAUGUGCUGCCACUCUUCUUCCUAAAGAAACCACUGAGCUGGGGACCAGAGUAUGUUGGCUAUGCCAAUGCUGCUGGCUAUAUGAUCUUUAUUACCAGCUUCCUGGGAGUCUUUGUGUUUUCCAAGUUUCUAAGAGACACCACCAUGAUCAUGAUUGGGAUUGUGUCCUUCUCAGCUGGCAUCCUUAUUAUGGCCUUUGUGCGAUGGACAUUCCUGUUUUACAUUGCUCGUGCUAUGAUGCUCUUUGCCCUCAUUCCCCUGCCAACCAUCAGAUCUUUGUUAUCCAAACAUGUUGAAGCUUCAACCUACGGAAAAGUGUUUGUCCUUCUGCAACUGUCAUUGGUGAUCACUGGAGUUGUGACAUCAACAGCCUAUAAUAAAAUUUACCAACACACCCUGAGCUGGUUCAGUGGUUUCUGCUUUCUUCUGUCAUGUGCCAUCAGUUGCCUAAGUCUUAUCCCUAUCAGUUUUGUCGCCUACAAGCAACGGGCACCAUCUGAUUUAGCAGAGAGAUUAGCCAACCAAAAACAACUGUCGACUUCAGAAGCAGCUCUAUAGAACAAGCUGGAGCAACCAGACAGACUGACUACAUGAAAGACAGCCUUGUUACUAAUUAUGCCAUUAGAGAUAUUUAGUUCUAGUCUUUCCUGUACUCUUCCGUGUAUGAAUAGGCUGUUAAAACAGCAUAAGGAGAGCAACUGAAAACCAUGUACGGGCUGGAAGGCAUGCGGUUCUUGAAUGAUGAUGCUUUGGAAUCACAUUUCAUUAUUUCUUCCUAUUGUCCAUUCAGGAUAUGUUUGUUCACCUAUCCCCUUUCCAUCUACAAUCCUUCCAGCAAAUAGUCAACGCAUUCAUGUUUUAAAGCAAAAUAUCCUUCCCUGGGAAUCCUCAGAAACACCCAUUCCCCAUAUUUAGUCUGAUAUUCCCCCUAGUUGGUCUAGAAUAGAUGGUCUCCCAACUCAUAGGAUCCUUGUUCCUUAAAUCUCAGUGCAAUAUCCAGUUUCGGGGUGAUGGAUUGGAAUGCUACAUAUGCCUAUAAUGACAUUUGCACUCCGGUGUUUCAGUGCUCCAGCUGGUUAUUUCACAAGGCUCAGGUCCUCAAGACCAGACAGUGAAGAUAGAAAGGCAAUGAGCAGAUUACCUAGCUAAGGCAUGAAAUAAAACACGAGAUAGACAAUUCUACUUAGGGCAGAACUUUCAACAUACCGAGGUCCAUACACCGCUGGAUAUUUAGUUAUUUUUAACAUAAUAAUAAAUGAAUGGGAGGCUUGCAUACUGCAUAACCAAGUGACAAUCUGUAGAAGUACCUUUAGCCAUAAGGCAGCCUCUGGACCUCUUCUAAGUAUUUGCUGAAAAGAAAAAUGGUGAGUAACUGCAAUCCAGCUAUUUGUUUGGAAGUGUGCACUCCUCCUAAGACAAGAAAAGUGGGAUGAAACAUAGCACAUGUACUGAGGGGAGUCUAGGAUAACUCGCUGCAGGUAGCUCACAACAGCCAGCUUGCCACCCCCAUCUUGUCUCCGCCAACAAACCACUGCUAAGUUGCUGCAGGGCAACUCCAUCCUGGGGACAGCUCGCCGUGGGCAGCUGGAGACCCAGGUGGGAGAGCGAGUGAGCAAAUGGGCAGAGCACAGAGCACAUCAGGAUGGUUGGCGGCAAAGCAGUGGCAACCAGGGGCUUCACAUUUUCCCACCCCCUGCCACUGCCGUUGCUGCUACUGCCGCCCAUACCCAGGAGUGGAGCUGGUGCUGUUAUUGCUGCUACACCAAAGGUGGGUAUUCAGCAGGUUCCGACAAGUUCUGGAGAACCGGUAGCGGAAAUUUUGAGUAGUUUGGAGAACCGGCAAAUACCACCUCUGACUGGAGA